GGUUAUGUUAGUAUUAAUUCGUCAUUCGCCUUAGGCGAACGUGCCGCGUCGGGCAGCUUGUCGCCUAGCCGGCUGCAAUCGUGUAGUGCAUCAGCUGCGUCGAUCGAUAUGUUUUGUGUUGUGCCGACUGCAUAUAAAGUUUGAAUGAUCGAUUUGAAACUUAACGACUUUUAAUAUGAUCGCGACUUUUGAACUAAAGUGCCAAACGAUCGCCAAUGUUUGCAUGACUUGGAUAAAUUAAAAAAAAGGGAUUGGUGAGCCAUGGGUGCGCCGGCUUGGGGCUCACGCGGCGGCGGCGACCGGCCGCGGCUGCUCCGCAUGACCCCGCUGCGGCACAGCUUCGCGGCGCCCGCCUCGCCGCCCGCACAACCGCCCCCGCGCUCCCACGACUACGCCUCCGACGCCGAUACUAAUAAGAAAGAAGAAAGUUGGAACGCCAACCUGUCACAAAGAUGGAGAAAGUUGCGCCGCCGUUGCUCGCGGCUACGACCUGGAUCUGGCAACCGAGAUCCGAGCCCCGUGCGAUGCUCGCCUUCUCCGCCGCGCCCGCCUCCACACUGCUCGCCGGCGCCGCCGACUAAGCUGUCCUUCAGACAUCGUGGGAAGGUGUACACCACGGCAUCUCUACGAGUGACUAAUGGAGCGCCUGAUCUCCUUCGUGCCUUAGGCAAACUCGGUGGAGGUCUUCGACGACGGGCUCUAUCUGCACAUGACGUCCUUGCCCCGCAACCGCAGCAACAACCUGCUACCUUCUACGUUCCUAGCCCAACUGCUGUGAGAUCACCACCAUCGCCUUCUCCUCCGCGGCAAAGCACUCUGCGUCGGCGAUGUAGCUCUCCAAACGUAUACCGCGCUAAAGCUUCGCCGGCGCCUCGCGAUCGUGCUCCCUUAAUCUGUCCAGACGACGAAAAUCGGGACGUGGUAGACUUUAAUUAUAUACCUGAACGUAGAAAGAGUAGUGAAUCAAGAACUCGAAGGCCUUACAGUGAAAACGUUGAAUUAGAUGCUCCGGUGUAUAGAAAUGGAUACAGUCGCUUAACGCCAGAGCCCGCACAAAGGUUGUGGGAAGAGCCUUACCGCUUGCCGCGAGUGCAGUCUCGACAGGACCCCAUGCAGCCGCUGCGCAACGGUGUGGCCGAGCUGCGCGUGAGUGCGACGCCGAGGAGCGCGCGCCCGCCGCCUGCCCCUCCUACUUCAGGACAACAGACCAAACGACCGCCGCCGCCAGAACCACGCGACGGGGUACACUCCUUUGAGGUUCGGUUCACCAAAUCAGCAGGAGGGAAAGGGCUCGGGUUUAGCAUCGUAGGUGGUCGGGAUUCUCCGCGAGGCAACAUGGGCAUCUUCGUCAAGACUAUCUUCAAUAACGGACAAGCUGCCGAAUCGGGCUUACUGCGCGAAGGAGACGAGAUCGUAUCAGUAAACGGGCGCGGCACGGCGGGCCUGACGCACGGCGAGGCCAUCCGACUGUUCAAGGACGUGCGCGCGGGCCCGGUGCUGCUGCGCGUGGCGCGGCGUGCGCCGGCGCCGAUGCGCUGACUGCCCUGCGCCUGCUGCGGCCCACCGCACCAGGCGCAAACUGACUAUUACUCUACCUUGUAAAUACUUACCUACUUUCGGCCUACAAAGGUCUGCUUGAUUUCGCCAAACAAAAAUUAAGUUAAUCCGAGAAGAUACAGCGAAGUUCUACCUAGCAAUAAAUUACACACGAUCGGUUAACACAAGGUACCUAAAUCCUCACGUUAUCCCGGCAUUUUGCCACGAGCCUGGGGUCCGCUUGACAGAUCAGGGGGGCGAUUUUUGAAUUCCGAUCGCUCGAUUUCGGCACUCGAAAAUCGGUGGAAAAGGGAGAAAUGCUAAUUUUUGAAAUACGAGUAUUAGAAAUUCGAAAUCGAGUGGUAUUGACUACCCGUUUUCAAUUCUAUUAGUAGAAUUGAAAUACCUAGUAGUGGAGAUAUUAUUGAACGAAAUACAGGAAAUCGAGCGGUCGAAAUUCGAAUAUCGGCCCCCAGUUCUGUACUGUAUACUAUUAAAUAACUCCUUAGACAUUAAGUUUCCAUUUUAUCCUAAGCUUGACUAACGAGGAGAAUGGAUCGAGGAAAACGUUAUAAAUGACAAAAUGAGUCAUCCCUAUAACUCGAUGGUAUAGUUCGUUUUUUUUUAGCAUAAGAAAGAACUCCACAGAAGCAAGCGUGCAGUUUUUAUCAGGCUCUUUAAUUGUUAAUAAUUAUUGAAUUAUCUAAUGAAGCAUGGUCAAUACAUACAAUUUACUUCAAAUUAUUACCGCUAAUAGUGCCGGAUUUGGAACCACAAGCUUACUUCUGCGAAGUUCUUUCUAAUGCUAAAAAAACGGACUGUAGAGCUGGCCAUCUCAAGAAUGACUUAAACAUUUAGUUUGCGGCUUGGGAUAUCAGAAUCAUGAUUACUGCAGAUCGCUUGUUCAUUGGGCAUUGAUCAUCAAUACAGAAUUAUUCUUGUUAGAUUAUUAGAACCUUACUAAACCAUCAUGGCCGUAAACUAUAUAUAACGUAAAAAGUUGGCAAUCCUAUAAAAAAAACUUCCCGCUAUUAAAAACUGAGUAGGUAUACAUUUUUCUAUAAAGUGAGAGCAUAUUCUUAAGCGUCCUGCUACUGGCUAUUUUCCGUACACCUAAAGAAGGAUUUAUUAUGAUGCAAUAUUAGUUACUAAUUAUAGUAAAAACCUUACGCUAAAAGCAAGCGUUACUUAAAAUAAACAAAAAGUGGACCAUCUAGAAUUCUAGAUCAAAGAGCCUCUUAAUUAAAUAUGGAACGAACAAUUACAUAUACAAUUUACACAUAGGUACCUAGUGUAAGUACUUCGAGACAGCCAAAAUAAAUAUUUUUGUAACUUGUUCUUAUUACUCAAACUUGACUUCAAUUUAAUUUAUCGAAGUAGAGUUCUUAAAUCAAAUAGAAAAUGUUCUUGGAGUGCUCAAUUUUUACAUGAGCUGGCAAUAAAAUUGACAAAUUGUACGCAUAUUUUAGGAUUGAAUAAGUUAUUUGUUAUUGAAUAUAUUGAUGGAAUUUGGAUGCAGCUUUGAGUAAGCUUUAAAAUAUUAAUGUAACGGCAAGUACCUAUACAAUUAUAAUUUUAAGAUUUUUUUUUAAUUAUAUACCCAUACAAUUGCAGACGUAUGUUCUUCAUGUAAGAAUGGACCAUAAUUUUGGAAAUACUUAUAAGUACAGAACUUCCUAAAUUAUGUGUCAAAUUGCAUCGAGUUAUGUAGACCUGGCAGCCGUAUUCGAACAAUGAGAUACGUCAAAUACUAGAUAUUGAAAAGAUAUGUCAGUGUCAAACAAGUGUCAAAACUGACGUUUUUGUUUGAAGAAAUGUCAAUUUUGACACUUGUUUGACACUGACAUAUCUAAUCCAUAUCGUUUCAAUAUCUAGUAUUUGACGUAUCUCAUUGUUCGAAUACGGCUAUUUGGUAAAUUCAAACCAACGUUAUGUCAAACAAGUUAUUUGAAAUAACUUAUGUGUAGCUAUAUCAUACAUACUUGCACUUGUUGCUAUUUUUUCAACGCGUAAAUCUCAGAUAAAUUGUUUUAUUAAGUUAACGAAUCAUCAUCAUCAUUUCAGCCUAUAUACGUCCCACUGCUGAACACAGGCCUCCUCCCAUGCGCGAGAGGGCUUGGGCUAUAUUCCCCACGCUAACCCAAUGCGGAUUGGGGACUUCACAUACGCCUUUGAAUUUCCUUCGCAGUUAACGAAUAUGUCAUCGUAAAAAGAUGAUAAUGAUAUGUGUAAUCAUUAAAAUAUACACAUUUACCUGGCUAAUUGAUUCGGUUGGUUGAGAAGAUAAUAAAUAGUCCUUGAUAAGUAAAUAGUCCUCCCUACAGGGCUCUAAAGAAGGAUGUGCUUUCCAUAUUAAUCUAUAUAUGAAGAACGCUCUGUUGCUGUAGUAACUUAUUACCGAGCCUAUUAUUAAUGAAGUAUUAACCAAAAUUAACACUUUUUAAUGUGUACAGGUAUUUUGGUAGCAUAUUGUAUGUUAGGUACAUCUACUAAAACCUGAAGGGUAAUUUUAUGGCUCACAGAUUAGUUAAGCAAAGUUUGUAAAGAUAUUAGUGUUGGAUUAAGUCUAUAGUGACAUUAGUGACCUUGUUAGGCAAGGAUUUAGUAUAUGAAACUAAAGAUAAAAGCUAAACAAAGAACUACGCCCAAACUUUGACACAAUUUUUAAAAUUGUCUGUGAUAUUGACUCUACACCGAGUUGAAAAAUGUAUUUGCACUUUACAGUGCUCAUUACAAACUUAAUUAGGGUACUAACUUAUUUUUAUAGAUACUAUUUAAAAGUCCAUUAGGUGCGCUUAUAAAAUAUAACAGUAGCGUUUUAUAAUUUUUAUAAAUAUUAUUUAUGUACGAUUUUAAAACCUAGAGAUAAAUAUGUUAAAAAAUUAUUACUGCAAUAAAUAAUCAUAAUGUAACAUAUUUUUGUACAUUUUUAAAAUAGAUUAUGCGUAGUGCUUUAUACAAAAUAAAACAGUAUAAAAUAA